CUCUCUAUUUCUCUGUAGGUUCUGUCUGUUCCCCACAGAAGAUUGGUGUGCUGUAGCCGUCUGUUUGAGGUGACGGACGUCAACAAGGCCCAGAAACAGGCAGCCCACCAGAGAGAAGUCUUCCUCUUCAAUGACCUUAUCGUGAUCCUGAAGCUGUGCCCGAAGAAGAAGAGUUCAGCAGCCUACACCUUCUGUAAAGCCCUGGGCCUCCUGGGCAUGCACUUCACACUGUUUGAGAACGAGUACUACCCCCAUGGCAUCACCAUCAUCUCACCCUUCGGCUCAGACAAGAAGCAGGUGCUCAACUUCUGUGCUCAGAGCGCCGAGGAGCUGCUCAAGUUUCUAGAAGAUCUGAAGGAGUCCAUUGCUGAGGUGUCAGAGAUGGAACAGAUACGCAUUGAAUGGGAGUUGGAGAAACAGCAGGGCUCGAAGGGAGUGUCAGCUAAGAACAAUGGCACUCUGGAGCUACGCAGCAAACAGGGCUCCCCGUCAGGCAAGCAGGACCUGGAUGAGAACAGUGGACACAAUGCAGUGGAGGUGUCAAUUCACAACAGGCUUCAUACAUACCAGCUCAGCAGCAGCGGGAGCUUGCCCCGGAGCCCCGAGAGUGUUGGAGCCCUUCUUAACCACCGGGCGGAGCUCUUGCAGCAGCCGCAGCUUCAGUCAGCCGCUGGCACCCCCCUCCACCACCUGCAACAGCUCCAGCCAAUCAGCAUGGGCGACCUUCGGCCCGACACGCUCAUCCAGUGCCAGCAGAUUGUCAAGGUGAUCGUCCUGGACAACAGCGGCCAUGGCCGCGUGGAGGCCUUCCUCAGCCACACCCCCACCCACGCCCAUCAUCAUCACCAUGCCCACCACCACCAGGUCAUCCGGUCGGCCACCUCCACUCCUGUGAGGUCGCCAGAGAGCAAGGACGGUCACCAGCCCCCCUUACCCCCUCCUCCUCCCCCCUACAACCAUCCCCACCAGUACAUCCCCCCGGCGGACCCCCGCCUCAGCCUCCAGAGGACCCCAAGUGGCUCUCGAAGCCUGCUGUAAAUAAGAGACCAAUGAACCAAUGACCCUCACCCACCUGACCUCACCCCAACCUCACACCUCACUCCCAACCUCAGCCCAACCCCACCCACCCUGCCCACGUCACUAACAGAACAUAUGUACAUGCUAUACAUACAGAGACAGAGCUAUAAAAAAAAGAUAACACAUCUAUAUGCAUAUAUUUAAGGAAAUAACGACAAAAGAUGAAUCGAGGUAAAGAUUUAAAAGGAGGUGUGGAGUAACAUCAUGAGAAUAAUCCAAGUGGAAAAGAAGACGAAUUUUACUUGAUUCCAUGUGUAUUUUGAAAUAUUAUGUAGUUUUAACAAAUUUCUAUAACAGUUUUGUCAGUUUUAAUCUUUAAAUAUAGAUAAUAUCAUUGAUUUCUUUAGUUUUCUGGAUGGAUCUUUAGUAGUUAACAAGGAAGGACGUAGUACAAAAUCCAGCACCAACCAACUAGAUUCAGAUGGAUUCCACAGACUAUGUGAAUGUCUUGGAGAUUCCCUCCAAGAUUGAACUUAAUCUAAGAACGACUUUUGUUCACUUUUACCAUUCAUAUCCUAACCUCAUCUCUAUGUGUGUGUGCAUUUGAUUGACAAUGACUGAACAAUGUGUGUGCCAAAAUGACAGAAGUCUCCACCAAACGGAGUACUUUGUACUCGGCUAGAAGAAAACUAGAAGAACUCAGAAUCUCCUCCACUCUCACCUCGAGGAGUACCCUACAUGUAAAAAAUAAUUACAGCUAGCGAUAUUUCAGUGCAACCUGUCUCCUUGUUUGCAAUGUGGUGGAUUUAUUCAUUGAAAUGGGAGACUGCUGUCUCUUUCUCCCCCUCUCUCUCCCUCUAUCUCCCCCUCUCUCUCUCUCCCUCUCUCUUGCUCUCUCUCUGUCUCUCUCUCAUCUCUCUCUGUCUCUCUUUCUCCCCCUCUCUCUCCCUCUAUCUCCCCUCUCUCUCUCUCCCUCUCUCUCUCUCUCGCUCUCUCUCUGUCUCUCUCGUCUCUCUCUGUCUCUCUUUCUCCCCCUCUCUCUCUCUAUCUCCCCCCCUCUCUCUCUCUCUCGCUCUCUCUCUCGCUCUCUCUCUGUCUCUCGCUCUCUCUGUCUCUCUCUCGUCUCUCUCUGUCUCUCUCUCGUCUCUCUCUGUCUCUCUCUCGUCUCUCUCUGUCUCUCUCUCGUCUCUCUCUGUCUCUCUCUCGUCUCUCUCUGUCUCUCUCUCGUCUCUCUGUGUCUCUCUCUCGUCUCUCUCUGUCUCUCUCUCGUCUCUCUGUGUCUCUCUCUCUCUGUGUGAUCUGAGGAGGUGUGUUAUUUGUCAUUCUCUGUGGUGUUGUUUUUCUUUCUUUUCUAUUAUCAGGAAACACACUUCCACUGUCAUCCUGCACAGAUCCCCCGUCCAGUUACUGUAGCUAAGGAUGAUGGCAUAUGAAGGCAAGGCAACCAAUCAGAAGGCUUACUGCCAAACCAAAAGCCAAUAACAGCCCAGGAAAUAAGCUCUUUAUUUGCUGUCGUCAUUGUUAUAUUCAGCUCAGGAAUUCUUGACGUAAAUGUUCUGGAAUGUUCUGGAAUGGUUUAGAUUGCACAUUUAUUGUGUGCAUGUGCUGUUAUGAUGAGAGCAUAACUAGGACCAGGAAUAACUCCAGGCCCUAAUCACAGCCAAUAAGACUGGUAAUUCCCACUAUUCGCCCUUUGCCAGUCUGCAGAUCUGCCAAUACAAUCCAACCAAAAUGAUUUCCCAGUGUAUUUUGGAGCGCAACACACUCAUUAUGUUAAACAUAUGCACUGGACAAACAUGACACUUGUAAUUUCUCAAUGCUGCUUCUUCUGUGUAUCAAAAUAGCCUUUUUAUUUGACUUUUUUAAAAGCUUAGUACUCCGAUAUUCACAUCAUUCAUAACAGCACUCAAAUGUUUUGUCUGUUAUUUGCUCAUCUGUAUUGAAGGGGACAAGAAUCAUCUUAAUCUCUCGCUUUUCGCUCAGCUUAGUUUGUUAAAUAUCAAAUUGGGUUGUCUGAGAGGACAACCAAGUUAUCUCUAUCCAUGUAAAUGCUAAGGUCAACAAAAUGUAAUUUAUCUGAAAUAGUUCAUCGACUGCUCUGGUCUGAAUGUGCCCAUGUUUAAAACAUGAGCUACAUCAGGUGGUUUGGAAUAUAUAUUCGGCUGGCCCUCCUGGCCUCCUCUCAUUCAGCCCUGCCUCUAGUUCAGAUAAUUACCAACCUGCUGUGUGGAGGUCUCCAACUCAUCUCCAAUCUCAGUCUACUUCAUCUGUGAGGAGCGAGCCUCUGGAAAAACAAUCUAUUGCACCACGCUGCUGUGGGGGCUGAGAGGUUGACAGUGGUGUGUGUGUUUGUUUGUGUGAGUGUGUGUGUGUGUGUGUGUGUGUGUGUGUGUGUGUGUGUGUGUGUGUGUGUGUGUGUGUGUGUGUGUGUGUGUGUGUGUGUGUGUAUAUACCAAAUGUGAUAUGUAUCCCAUAUCUCCUGUGUGUGUGUGUGUGUGGAGAUUGCCCACCACAGCAUCGUGACUCCUGCUCACCAAGAGGAGAUCUCACACGAAUCUCUUCAGCGGAGAUCCUUCCCCUUUUUAAUGUGUCAGUUUCAAUAGACACAAGGCUCUGUUAUAUUAACUGCUGAAGGGUGUUUAAAACAGGGUUACAUAUUUCAAAUACUUCACUGUGUCAGUGUCCCAAAUAGGGCACUGUUCCCUACAUAGUGCCCUACUUUUGACCUAUAGGCCCUGGUCAGAAUUAGUGCACUGGAAAGGGAAUAGGGUGCCAUUUGGGAUGCUCAGUGUCUCUUUAGGGUUUAACAGCCUAUGGCAAACCAGAGAGCUGUGUCUGUAUCCAUUUCACACUCUAAGAACAAGUUAAUCUGUUUUCUGUUCCUUUCGUCGUUGUCAAUUCAACAUGUGGAGUGAAUGUGAUUCUUCAACCCGGCAUGACAUUGGUUUUGUAUGUAUAGGAGGCCUAUUGAUACUGUGAUACAUGCUUUCCCUUCAAAGUCAAGUUUGUUGUGCAUGACUGAAUUUGACAGAGUGCAGCACAGGGGAUAAAUAUGUCAUUAUUCUGUCCGUUCACCCACAAUGCAUCAGAAUGUGAAAAGCCUAUCAUUGUCUUUGUGGGCAAAAAUGUGACUGUCUCCCAUGAAUGGAGUCUCAAGCAGCAAAAAGGAGGUUUAGUGGAAUUGAUUGAAUGCUACUGUAAGUUCGUUCAAAGGACUCACCUUUUUCUUUGGAUAUAGACGAAAGGGCUCUGUGAUGCUAAAAAUGCACUGCUGUCGUUUCAGGUGACGCGUGGAACUCUUCCCUUCUGGGGGUUUUCUGUCACCUAUGUUGUUCUAUUGUCGCACAAUGAGGAAGGGGGCCUUUUAGGAGGACAGACUUGUUGAAUUUGGGCAUAGGUUUUAACCAUCACCUCCCUCGGUUGGCUUUGAAUCCCUCUUAACCUGUCUUCUGUUCUGCAGUAUAUCAACAUGCUAUUAAAGAUGGUUUCAGUCUAUUCACCAUA